GAUGGCGCCGGACUGUGGCCGGAAUGCCGCAGCUCACCGUUGAGGGAUUUAUUUAAUCUUCUGCUCCGGCGGCGGCGUUAACUUCGCAGGACGGAGAGGAAAAUAUCGUUGUGUUAAAGAUGUUACAUCCGGCGGGUGUCAGCAGGUAACGUUGUGUGUGAAGUAGCCCUGGCUAAAAUGGUAGCUCUUUCCUCCAAGAACAACAAAACCUGCUGCUGCUGCUGCUGCUGCUGCUGCGGAGCUCGGCCGACAGGGCAGGAGGAGGAGCCGUUGCGAGAUUUUACGCCCGGGGCCGAGGCUCGUCGGGCGGACUGAGAGGUCAUGGCAGCGACGGAGGAGAACGGAGGGUCGUUCGCCGUCGACUUUAACGAGAACGAAGAAGAAGGAGGAGGAGGGAAAGCGGGUAACAAGGAUUACGUGGGUCAGGGAGCUGGGAAGGGUCACGUCUAUGUGGCCGGUAACGGGAGGAAUGUAAACACAGACGCCCCGGGACUCGAGAAGGAGAUAAUGCUGGAUCUGGUCACCGCGGCGGAGGAGUGCCUCCCCGGCCGGAUGACUGACAGCUGUGUGAUUCCGGAGGUUUGCGGCGACCUGAACGGAUUUACUGAGUCACUCGGUCAGGAGGAGCCGACAAUGGAAGGAGGAGGAGGAGGAGGAGGAGGAGGGGAGGUCGGCCUCACGGGGACCACAGCCGCUUCCUGUCCAGCUGUGCUUGCGGGUCUGUUUUCCGCGGAGACAGGCCGAGAGAUGCGGGAGCACCCGGCGGGGGAGAGCGAGGGGGAAACCCCGGAUUCUGGCGGCGCAGUCCCCGGCACUUCUCUCCCCUUGGACCGGCUUCUGUGCACCGGGAAGCACCAGUGGAGCUGCACUUGCAACGCAGCGGCCUGCCUCCCGUGUCCGGAUGUAAACAUGCCCAACGGGGAUCUCGGCGGUCCCGGUCCCGGAGCGGACAUCGCUCGCUGUAAACACACCGGGGUGUUUUCCAGUCCGGACCAGAGACUCUGUUUAUGCGACGACGUGGACUGUGAGGAAGUGAAAAUAGCCAACGGUGGUUUACAUCUCGUGAAAACCGCCACAGCAACAUGUGACCGGCCCGACUCUGAAAACAAUACCGACGUUCAUUUCGACCUGGGGGCAAGGCAGGAAAAGGGGGUCCGGUCCGGAUUUUGCGACCACAGCGGGACGUUGGGCUCUCUGUGCCCGGGGGAGGAUGCGCCUGCUGCGGCAGAGCUCCCUCACUUCCUGUCCAAGGACUCCCCCGCCCUGGGAUCAAGUGCCAAACUCCCCUCCAACCUGAACAGCGAGAGGCCCCUCUCUGAGCCCCCCAUCAGGACGGAGGAGGAAGAGGAGGACUUCAGUGACCUCAGUUUACCCGUCAGGCCGCAGAGUUUGAGGACUAACCUCAACCUCGCCGUGUCCCUCAGCUGUGAUGCCACCCCGUUGUCCCCCGACGACGAAGGGGGCUUUUAUUUCGGGGAGGAGGGCUACGGGGAGGACUUCCGGAACGUUUUGGAAGCGGGUCGCAGGCAGAGCGCCCCGGACAAGCUGCCAGACCUGGCGGAACAAACGGGGGGCUCGGACCACAAGCUGCUGCCAAAGAGGUUCGGCAUCGCUGAUUUCUUCACCAGGAGCCUGUUUUCUAGGAAAUCCAAAGAACCCAAGGCGCUGGCCCAUAAUGCAACGGGGUGGCGACUGUUCGGCAAGACAGGAGCCAGAGAGGGCGAUGCAGCUAAAGACCCCGCCUCCACGUCGUCCACAGAGGAGUGUCCACAGGAGGAGCAGGAGCAGGUCUCAGAUGGGUCCCCGGGUCCUCAGCGUCCCCCGGCUGCAGGGAGGAGGAAGAACCUGGAGUUUGAGCCUCUUUCCACCACAGCUCUCAUCCUGGAGGACCGGCCAGCAAACCUACCUGCCAAAUCUAUGGAGGAAACUCAGAGACACAAAAUGGAGUACGAGGAGAUGGUGGCAGGAGCCAAGAGGAGAGAGAUGAAGGAAGCCCAGAGGAAGAAGCGUCAGAUGAAGGAGCGACACAGGCAGGAGGACAGCAUCUCCAACGCCAUGGUCGUCUGGAACAACGAGAUCCUGCCGCACUGGGACACCAUGAAGGGAACGAGGAGGGUCAGGGAGCUCUGGUGGCAGGGACUUCCUCCCAGCGUCAGAGGGCGAGUGUGGAGCCUCGCCAUCGGCAACGAGCUCAACAUCACACCAGAGCUGUAUGAGAUCUUUCUGUCCAGAGCCAAAGAGAAGUGGAGGAGUUACAGUGAGACCAGUUCAGUCAACGACAGCGAGAGUGAAGGAGCAUCGCUGGCUGACAGAGAGUCCAGUCUGGACCUCAUCAAACUGGAUAUUUCCAGAACCUUCCCCUCUCUCUUCAUCUUCCAGAAGGGCGGUCCCUACCACGACCUCCUCCACAGUGUCCUGGGGGCGUACACCUGUUACAGACCCGACAUUGGCUACGUCCAGGGCAUGUCCUUCAUCGCUGCCGUGCUGAUCCUCAACCUGGAGGAGGCCGAAGCCUUCAUCACCUUCGCCAACCUGCUCAACAAACCGUGUCAGAUGGCCUUCUUCAGAGUCGACCACGAACUGAUGUUGAAGUAUUUUGCAGCCUUUGAGGUUUUCUUUGAGGAGAAUCUGCCUCGUCUCUUCUGCCACUUCCAAACCAACAACCUGACCCCUGACCUCUAUCUGAUCGACUGGAUCUUCACCCUGUACAGUAAGUCCCUCCCACUGGACGUGGCGUGCCGGGUGUGGGACGUCUUCUGUCGGGACGGGGAGGAGAGUUUGUUUCGGACGGGGCUGGGUAUCCUGCGUCUGUUCGAGGACGUGCUGCUCCAGAUGGACUUCAUCCACAUCGCUCAGUUCCUCACCCGCCUGCCGGAGGACCUGCAGUCACACACGCUCUUCACCGCCAUGGCCAACACGCACAUGGUCAGCAGAAACCGCCGCUGGGCUCAGGUGUUUUCUGCAUUGAUGAAGGAUGGAAAUAAAGAGAUGGACAAAAACACCAGCCCGGCUUUGAGAAGCUAACACUAGCUAGCCUUGACGCCACCUUUCUUCAAACUAAUGUCAGACGCUAGCUGUGAAAGUUGAAGCUCGAGCCAGCCAGCCAGCCACGAACUUCAGAGGUAAAUGCCAGCUCGCCAUGUCAGCACUUAACAUCAGAGGCUGGCUGUGAAGCUUGAAGCUACGGAGCUUGAAGUGAACUGUUGCAUCCAGUCGGGAGAAGGAAGAGGCGGCUGCGGCGUUCCUGAAACCUGGAACCAGAGCGGGAAACCAAAGCGGUUGGUUAAUUCCGAACUUCAACUUCAGCAAUUGUCAGUAUUUCACCAGAUAAAUUAUACGUUGGAGAAGAUUGUUUCAGCAGCCGUGUCACCAGUUUACUAAAGUUGUAAAAUCUGACUUUCAGAUUAUAUUAUGUGCUAUUUCCCUGCCGGCUGGGAGGCUAGCGGUGACUCCGCCUCCACGUCGGGACACAAACACCACAAACUGCAAGCAUUACGCCCUGUGUAAUUCUCUUAAGACUCAAAUUCAAAUUUUCGGUGCUAAUCAUUUUCUAAAAGGGUUCAAAAGUGACUGUGGUUUAAUUAUUAAUGAAGGUCCAUGUGGUUUCGACUUCACACUAUUAUUCACGUGCUGCAUUUCUUUAGCUUGAACCUCUGGAUCUAACAGAGAUGGGUUUUCUGCAGUAGCAUGGCUGAGCUAAUUAGCCACCAGCUUUUUAAAAUGUUCAAAUGUAGGCAAAACAAAAAC